AGGUCCGAUGAUGCCUAGGCUCCGCCCACCUUUUGUAAGUGCCAAAACUCGAAGAGAGAACGAGCGGGAGACCUAGAAGUCGCAGCCUCUAGUCCUUGUCGUGUGUCCUCUGCCAUGGCCACCCCACCGAAGAGAAGCUGCUCCGACCUCCCGCCAUCACCCUCCUCUGACACUUCUUCCCCGGGCAAGAGAAGCAAAGUAAAGCGGAUCUCUAUAGAGGGGAAUAUUGCUGCUGGCAAAUCUACAUUUGUCGAUCUCCUCAAGAAAUGCAACAAGGACUGGGAAGUUGUUCCUGAACCUAUUGCAAGAUGGUGCAAUGUUCAAAGUAGUCAAGAUGAAUUUGAGGAACUAACCACAUCACAGAAAAGUGGCGGCAAUCUUCUCCAGAUGAUGUAUGAAAAGCCUGAUCGCUGGUCCUUCACCUUUCAAUCAUAUGCUUGUCUCAGCCGUAUUCGAGCUCAGUUGAAGGCAUUUGGAGGGAAGCUGAUAGAAGCCGAAAAACCUGUGCUUUUUUUUGAACGUUCUGUCUACAGUGAUAGAUACAUUUUUGCUUCCAAUUUGUAUGAAGCUGAGUGUAUGAAUGAAACAGAAUGGACAGUUUACCAAGAUUGGCAUGAAUGGAUGAAUUCUCAGUUUGGGGCUGAUCUUGAGCUUGACGGUAUGAUCUAUCUCCGUGCAACACCUGAGAAAUGCCUAAAUAGAAUUUAUUCACGUGGAAGAGAAGAGGAGCAAGGGAUUCCUAUGGAAUAUCUGGAGAAACUGCAUUAUAAGCAUGAGAGCUGGCUCCAUCACAGAAACAUGAGGACGGAUUUUGCAUAUUUACAAGAUGUCCCUAUUUUGACACUUGAUGUGAAUGAAGAUUUUAAAGACAAUAAGCAGAAACAAAAAUGCCUUAUAGAGAAGGUUGAAGAAUUCUUAAGUACAUUAUAAAACCAAGAAGAUACUGGCAGCACUUACAUGGACUUUUUUUUUUAUUUUUAUGAAAUGAUGAAAAUGUUUUGUGUGUUAGAAAUAAGGGGCAUUUUUUAUUUUUAGCUAUGGUUUUUGUGAGGCAAAAUGUAUGUAGUUUAUAGCUUAGAUAUUUCCUUUUGCGCUAUGAUUGUGAUUGUUUUGGCACUUAGUAGUUAGCCUCUUGUCAUCAGCAUGUUUUUAUUGAUUAUUUCUAUGUACAUAUUUUAACUUAAACAAUUGCUAUGCUUAUCUAUAUGUUCUGUUACUUACUGUUUUAUAUAUUGCUGUUGGUAAAUUGUGUGUCUAGUCAUCAGAUCACUUACAAUGAAUUUCAUGCA